AUGACGCGGCUGUUCGAAAGUAUCGGACACACGAGUCUGUUUGAGGAGUCGCAAACUUUGGGGAAGAUUGGAUUCAGAGUUUCUGGGCACUCCGAUGCUCGAAAUCAAUUUCCCGUUCAUUGGAAGCUUACUGCUCUUGGAGAUGAUCGAAAGGCUGAGAUUACAUUCCUUCCGAAUCUGCGCGAUGUCUGCGGCGACUUUGGAAUCAAAAGUUUUGACAGAACAAUUCCGACGCACGUGACGUACACACCAUCGGAAAAACUCUGGUCAAAACGAGUCGAGUUCUCAGAAAACGCAGCUGUCCGUUUCAACGCCGUUCCUGGCGGCUCCAUCUUCCGCGACGGCAUGGCGGAGUUGAAAUACAACCAUGCUUUCGGCCGACUCCACACUGGCUUCGACUUCGAAGUCCCGCUCGAUCGAAGCAUCAGAACCAGCGUUUCCGGCCAGAUCAAACUCGACUGGGACAACUACUUCGUCGCCGCGCAUUUGCCCGAAAUCGCGGAGACUCAACUGCCGGAUCUCAAAGCUGGCUAUGAGGACAAAUACUUCUCGGCUAUCCUCUCAACCGGGGAUCUGAAAAAGUACGAGUUCUGCGUAACGAAGGGCACAGAUGCGAAUACGCUUAUUGGCGUAAAAACCGAUUUUGGGGACAAUUACAAGAUUGGAUUCGAGCAUGUUCUGUCGGAUUCAUCAGAACUCAAGCUCGGAGUCUCAAACAAGGAUCUUCUCGAUGUUCAAUAUGUAAAGCAAUUCCCAGGAAUUACUGCUACAUUCGCGGCUCAAUGCUCCAAGUUCAUUACAACUGGCCAGCCACAAGACCUCAAAGUCGGACUUGGACUUGAACUUGACUUGUAA